UCCGGCUGCUGCUAUGAUAACCUACCCGGCCUGACGGUGAAACCAUCGCUGCAGCCUGAUUGGAUGGCGUGGGCGCCGCACCGCUACACGGCACCUCGCGGUUAUUCGUGGUCGCUUCGGCGCGCGGUGCCGUGUUGCGUACCAACUGUACCCCACGCUACCUGUUUAUGAAGGUGGUGUUUGUGUGUAACCAGGUGGAGUGACGCUGUGAGCUAAGCCCCGCCCCCCUGUGUGUUGCCGGGGGCGAUGGCGCUGAUCGAAGGCGUGGGAGACGAGGUGACUCUGCUGUUCGGCUCGCUGCUGCUGCUCGCCGUGAUGCUGCUGGCCUGGAUCUCCACCCGCACGGCCGAGCCGCCGAGCACCUGUUCACCACAGGCCCGCCCCUGCCGGCGCCGGACCGCCGCCACGCGGCCGCCCGGCUGUGGCGCCCGCGCGCGCCGAGACGGAGGCUCCGCCCACAGGGCCGAGCGCGGGCGGGCCGAGCGCCGGCCGGUGACCGGAGGAGAGAGGAACAUGGUGCUCCGACUCAAGUUCCUCAACGACACCGAGACCACGGCUCAGGUCAAACCACAGGACACCAUCGGCUACAUCAAACGGACCUAUUUUUCGGGCCGGGAGCAGCAGGUGCGUCUGAUCUACCAGGGCCAGCUGCUGCAGGACGACGGCCAGACUCUGGCGUCUCUGAACCUCGCCCAUAACUGCGUCCUGCACUGCCACAUCUCGGCGGUGUGCGUGGCGCGGGGGCGGGGCGGGGGCGGGCCACGCCAGCCGCCCCCGCGGCCGACCCCCGGUGCAGGCCGCGUGGGUCGGAGUCACCAUCUUCCUCAGCCUCGCUGCCUGAGGCACCGCCUCACGCCUAGCCAGCUCUGA